AUGAAGCUGAGAAGCAACAAAAAGAAAACCAAGCCCAAGUCCGAGCCCAAGUCCGAGCCCAAGUCCGAGCCCAAGCCCGAGCCUCUCCAGAUUGGGGAGCAUGCUACCUUCUCCUGUGAUAUGGAUUUGCCAGAUGAAGGUCUGAAAACGGAAACAAAGAUGCUCCUACUCAACUUGCUUGAUAAGCACGGAGGUCCCAAAGCUUGCACACGACAAAACAGAUUGCUUCAUACGAUUUGUGGGGCUCAUCCAGCAGAAUUUGGUGCCACUGGCUCAGUUCGGCGCUCGCGGACAAAAUACCUUGUUGAUCGGUGGAAGAGAGACAGAGACUUCGGCACAACCAGAGCUAACCUUGUAGCUGUUUUCGAUAAUCUUUCAUUGCAGACGAGCCCCUUGCUUGAACCGGACGACGUUGGCUCGGAGGAUACCAUCGCAGAGGAGAAGAAACCAAAAGCCAAGUCGACAGUCAAAUCAAAGCCAGACAAAGUGAAAUCGUCGUCUCCUGCCACACCCAUCAAAAGACCCACCAACCACCAACCAAAGGCGAAGGCUCAACCAAACAAAACCAUGUCAUCCAAUAUGACUAGCCCCUUAAAAUUGCUCCGUGCUUCAGGCACACGAAAAGAUUUGGUCGAGUAUUAUGAUGCCGACCUCGAAAAUGAGGACGCUCAUGGCGAAUAUCUUUUGACAAUGUCGACAGAGGAAAGAGUUGGCACAAAGCAAGCAUCUGCUAUUGUCAUCUGUCGUCCUAACACUGCUGUUGCUGAUAUAAAGCACUUGACUGCAACGUUCACGAAAGAGACCAUUUCGAUCACAGCUCCAUCCUCGGACCGAUCUUGUAUGGAAAAUGCUGGAGGCGCUGAUGGAUGGCUCACGAAACUCAAGAGUAUUGAAACUCGGCCCGCCAGUGCCUCAACCACCUCAACCAAAUCCUCCACGACCACCUCAACCAAAGCCUCGUCCACAACCACCAAAGCCGCUGCCACAACCACCAAAGCCGCUGCCACAACCACCAAAGCCGCUGCCACAACCACCAAAGCCGCUGCCACCGGCACCUGA